GCCGCAGCCUACUAAAGUGCCGGGGUCAGCCAGCUCGCAUUUCGUCACGUCGCAAAUCCGUCUUUUCCUCCGCCGAAGCGAUGUCAAUCGAUUAGAUGCCGUUGAUGGAUUCAUGUUGACGUGCAGAACCGUCUUCUCUGCGAGGUCUGGUGCUUCGCGACAACGGGUGUGAUUGCCCCGCCUGGCCCUGCCAAAGUCACCCGGUCAAUGGCUGGAAACCUGGCCGCCGGCAGAAACAUGCAAUCCCGUGGGGUCAAGGUGAAGACUGGUUGUGCAACCUGCAGGUCGGUUCCAUGGCCUGUCACCGCUCCGCUCCGUGUCAUGCCAGGCACGAGCAUCUCGUGCACUGCCGAGAGUCCAUAUUUUGCUCACGCAAUGCAACAGAACAAGAAGGGUCAAAUGCGACGAGAAGAAACCGUCUUGCCAAAGAUGCGUCAAGACAGGCCGGACGUGCGACGGCUAUGAUUCUCCCUUCAGAGUCUACACCGGCCAAUCCAUCCACGGCGGUGCCCGUGGUGGUGGUGGUGGUGGCAUGAAGAAGCCACUGGGCGCUGGGAGAAGACCCGCAGGCUCUCCCAACUCGACCGAGGUCGCGCCUGAAGACAUCGCCCUCCUCAACCGUUACUUCUCCACCAAGACCAUGUUCGACGUGAGGCUUGGCUGCGACGACGAGGCCGAGAAAAUCCUGCAAGCCAGCCUAACUGAUCCGACAGUACGACACGCCGUCUCAUCUCUCAAGGCUCUUCGGGAACAUCUCGAGACCUCUGGGGACGUGCCGGCUCCGGCUCCGGCGGCGCAGCAAACCACAGGCUGCGGCUGGGACUUUGGAGUUCAGAGAUACUGCAUGGCUUUGAAGGGUGUCGCGUCCAGCCUGUCGUCCCCGGGCGCCCAGGCCCUCAAGUCGGCAUUACUUUGCUGUCAGAUCUUCAUCAGCAUUGAGCAAGUGCGUGGGAACUAUGGGACCAUGACCCAGCACAUCAUCCAGGGGCUCGGCAUCAUCCACGAGUAUCGAGCAAGACCAGUCCUUGCUACUACCGGCAAGUUGAUGCCGGCAUACCCUGCCCAGCUACCCUUGCUGGAUGUCUUUGUCAUCAAGCUAUUUGCUGCCCCUUGCAAGUUUGCGGAACCUCCAACACCAGCCGACAAUGAGAGCCAGACGGCGGUGUCCUCGUCGUGCACCCUAUCGAGAGAGCAGGAGCAGGCGGUUGAAUCUCGACGCAAUUUUCGUACCAUUGUACCCAAUAUGCGGACAGCGCUCACAAAGGUUGCCGCAUCGACGCUUGAAUUCCUCGACAAAGCGUCCAGCGUGGAAUCGGCCGAGACUGCUCUUGGGCUAGUUUCUGAGAAGGAGUCGCUGUUGAAGUCGUUGGAGUCCUGGGUCGUUGAACCCGAGCCCGUUGUCACGGGCGCAAGACCCCCAAGGCCCGAGCCUCUUGCAUUGUCCUUCCUCCGCCUCUUUCAUCAGACACUGAGAGUCAUCCUCGUGGCGACACUGAGAUCCUCGCUAGAUGCUCGCGCUGAGUUGCGGACCGAAAACGCCAAAUUGCAGCGCAUAGCCGAUAUGAUCGAUGAGAGGUUAAGGGCAUGUCAAAAGUCCACUUCGCCCAGCUAAUGAGACAUGAAGACAACGCACGCGCACUACGUGGCGCCGGGCUCAUGCCGAUUUGAUACGGUAGCAUUCUCAACACAUGGUGCUAUCUCUCUUUCGCGACCCUUGUCGCAAUUUGGCAGGCUACCUUUUCCACCGGCCGCGGGCACACGACUCGCAGUAGCGUCCUGCUGAGGCUGUCGCGGGUCCUCCUUGGCUCCCUCCGACGGAGGAUACACACCAAGAACUCUAUGAGAAAGUGCCAUGCAUGGCCGCUGUAACUCGUCCCUCAUCAUCUACCACUACUUCCCUGCAGCCGCAGCCGCUGCCGCAGUUAUGGCAUCCCUGUCAGCCGCCAAGAGCUUCUUAAUGGCCGGUCGAUUCGUAACGCGAUCCCACCAAGCGCUCACAGCUCCGCGCUCGAGGAUCACGUCCCCAUACCCGCACGCAAAGAGCCGUUGUAUCAGCGGAAUGUAAAAUAUGUCCACGA